AUGCAUCGAUCUGAAGCAGUUUGUCGAGUUUGUGGUGAUCGUGCCAGUGGCAAGUCGAUUAGACGUAACUUGAAGUACGAAUGUAAAGAGUCGCAUUGUUGUAUUGUUGAUGUGGCACGUCGAAAUCAGUGUCAAGCUUGUCGAUUUCGAAAAUGUUUGGAUGUUUCAAUGAAUCCAAACGGUUAG